GGCACCAGCCAGCCAAUCAGAAUCCCCCUCAGUGUUUUUGCCUGCUCUCCGGCUGAACGGUAUUUCAGUGAGAACAUCACAACUUGUCUUCCUCAUCAUGGCCUCUGGAGCUUUGUUCCCCAGCAUGGUGUCUGGGUCCCGCGGCUCCUCCAGCAAGUACCUGGUGGAGUUCCGGGCCGGUAAGAUGACCAUGAAAGGCAGCACGGUGACCCCUGACAAGCGCAAAGGUCAGGUCUACAUCCAGCAGACUGACGACUCCCUCAUCCACUUCUGCUGGAAGGAUCGGACGACCGGGAACGUGGAUGAUGACCUGAUCAUCUUUCCUGAUGACUGUGAGUUCAAACGGGUGAACCAGUGCACCACCGGACGAGUCUAUGUGCUGAAGUUCAAAGCUGGCUCCAAAAGACUCUUCUUCUGGAUGCAGGAGCCAAAGACAGACAAAGACGAGGAGCACUGCCGUAAAGUGAACGAGUAUCUCAACAACCCGCCCAUGCCCGGUGCCCUUGGUAGCGGUGGCAGCGGAGGACAUGAUCUGUCCGCCCUGGGAGGCGAGGGCGGUCUGCAGAGCCUUCUGGGUAACAUGAGCCACAACCAGCUCAUGCAGCUCAUUGGACCAACUGGACUCGGGGGAAUCGGUGGUCUCGGGGCUCUGGCAGGUCCAGGAUUGGCUAACCUCCUGGGCAGCAGCAGCAGCAACGUUCCUGCAGCCAGUAACUCCUCCACAAGUCCGUCCACAGCCGUCACCCCUACCUCCACCUCUACUGCCAGUCGCCUUGGCUCCACCCAGGUGCCUACCACUCCCAUCACUCCCUCCGCCACCUCGGCAGCCUCCCCGACAGCCACCACCCCCUCCACCCCUGCUGUGACCACUGCAGCGGCGGCGGGGGCAGCCAACCCCACGCAGCCCAUCCAGCUGAGAGACCUGCAGAGCAUCCUGGCCACCAUGAACGUGCCCGCCAGCGGUCAGGGAGUGGACCUUGCCAGCGUCCUGACACCUGAGAUCAUGGCUCCCAUCCUUGUCAACCCUGAGGUGCAGCAGAGGUUGAUGCCUUAUCUGCCCUCUGGAGAGUCCCUGCCGCAGAGCACAGAGGAGCUGCACAACACGCUCAGCUCGCCUCAGUUUCAGCAGGCUAUGAGCAUGUUCAGCAGCGCCCUGGCAUCCGGGCAGUUAGGGCCUUUAAUGAACCAGUUUGGUUUGCCGGCAGAGGCUGUGGACGCAGCUAACAAAGGAGAUGUCGAGGCUUUUGCCAAAGCCAUGGAGACGGAGACAAAGUCGGACCAGGAAGGAGACUCCAAAGACAAGAAAGAUGACGAUGAAGACAUGAGUCUGGACUAAGAACUCUUAAAGUUUGUAAUUUAAGGUAUUUAUUUAGCUGCUGUUGCUGUUUUGUAACUAUUAAACAUUAAGGAUAAAGAUUAUGGUUAAUAUAGUAACUGUCACUAAGACUCCCCUCCCUCGCUGAUUGUGCCGUGUUCAUCCUCCAACAGUGUGUUGAAUUUAAACUAAUUGAACAUGUAUUCUAUCUGCAUGUCAGCUACUAGUCUGAGCUGUCCUAGCUGAAAGGGAACAGUAAAACGAUGAGAAACAUGCUUGUCUGUUGUGUGUUUAUUCUUAGUACCCAUACUGCGCAGGGAAGACAAAAAUAGCUUCAUAAAUGAUUGAUUAUUGACUGGGCAAAAAAAACAAACUGAUGACUUUUCAGUGUCUGAAAAUAUAUUUGAAAAACAUUCAUUUUACAGUAUGAAAACAAUGAAUUUACCAAUUUGACACCAACCAUACAAGUACAUUUUCUGCAGUUACACACAUUUGGAUGCUUAUCGUAAUACAUUAUUCACCACUGCAGACAAGAAAAAGUUUGUGAUUAUCUUUCCCAGACAAGGACAACCUCAACAUUUAAAGAUCUCUACAGCAGCAACACUCAGAAAUGUCAACAUUAAAUAUCACUUAUUAGAAGAUGUUUAACCAUUUUACUGCCACUAUAGUUCCAGGCACUUUUUUCCACGCCAAAAUCUGAAGAGUUACAACACAAUAAGUACUGCAGGCAGGUUAAUACUCUGUGGUACUUGUUUUAGUCAAAGCACUACAAUCAGUUACCUUCGAUUGACUUACGAUGGGAGCACAGAUGAUUUCAGUGAUGAUAGCUACAGUAACAACUUUUAAACGUUUCUUUGGGUUAGAUUUUAUGAGCCAUUCAAAGAUAUGAGAAAGUAACAUUCCUGAGAACUGAAAAAUGAAACUAGCCACACUAAUGCGGAAUAAAUUCCAGUGCAGUUUUUUUUUUUAUAAAAA